AUUCCAUGUGAUCUACGAAAUGCUAAUAUUAUACAAAACAUACGAUUUAUAUGAUCACUGACUAUCACAUCUAAAGUCUACAUACUUUUUAUUAUUCUUAUAUACUCGUAUAUUGUCGUACUAAUCAAUGACAUCUUUUAGUCGUGAACUAGAAGGCUAGAUACACCAAAUGGCCGACAAAAUUCAUUCACUAUGCAAGCUUAGUAUUUCUAUAAAUCAAACAGUUUAUAAGUACUCUUUAUAUUGUCUAUAUUAUUUUAAUUUAUCAAACAUAGCACACACGAAAUCGUAUAAUCUAUAGGUAUAUGUACUUUACCCUUAUUUUAUAAGUUUAAUGCUGUCUGCCCAUAACAUAUAACAAGGAUACUAAUAACAAUAAACUAUAAUAACAGGUGCUGAAGUUGAGGUUUGCUUUAUUAAGUAGCCUAAAAAUACACUUAGCUCUUUCUCUCCUUAAAACACUAAGAGGGGCAAGAUAUUAAAUAAAGUCAACUGUAUGAAAUUUUAUUACAAGAUGUCAACGUUCAACUUUACAAUUAAAAUGUAAUAUCUAAGUGAUUUAACUUUUAUUAUAUUGUCUGCUAUUAUUUGGAAAAAAUAGGAAGAUCACUUCGAUGAAACUGUUAAAACUGAAAUAUUUAUGCAAAAGCUAUCUUAUACAGUUUGACAAAAAAAGAAUAUUAUAUUUAUUUCGCUUCGUUAUAAUCGUGUGUGACAUGUUUGAUUAUUUUUUAUGGAAUUUUAUUGUAUACAUUUUAUAAAUUUCGAAAAUAGUAAAUAAGUAUUGUGCACUGAGUAACUAACCCUAAAGUAACGGUAAUCGUACUGUUGAUCAUGUACAUUCCACAUAAUUUUAUAUUAAGUAUUUUCUAAUGUAUUUGUACAAUAUCAUACUGCUUCUAAUAUUUUGAUUUACAGUAUUUUAUUUUGAAUUUUACACUUUAUCAGUAUUAUUAAUAAUAUUAGUAGAUGAAUUAAACUAUAUGAUUUUGAUAAUAAUAAUCUAUGGUACGAAAAAAGAGUAUCAAUGUAUUAAUUUAUUACUAAUUUGAUAUUUUUCAAUUGUAACAGUUCCAUUAAACAAUGUAACCAACAUAACGAUAAUAAACAGAUAAAUAGGACGUAUAAAAAUUGAAUAAAAACGACUGAAUUUUUAAAAGUAGGGAAGAGGGAUCAAUGAUACUCAUUUUGGACCUGAUGGUAGCUCUCGUAGACAGGGUGUUAUAUAACAUAUCACAAUAUCGGCAUUUUAAUACGAAUACUUACUAACAUUGAUAGUCUGAUAACACGAGUAUCAGCUUUCAUAAAUAUUAUAAAGUAUUUAAAAAUAUAAAUUAAACGUUUUACACGAAAUAAAUAUGAUUUAAAUGUAUGUACAUAUCUCAAGGGAUUGAGAAAUGAAAUUUCAAAAAAAAAGUCCGUCAAUUAAGUAAAUAAAACUUUUUGUGUAUGUUUUAUUCAAGCGCGACCCAGGCCUACGCGUCAGUUGCUCUUAGUAAUAUGUCUACACAGUAGUUGUUCUAACGAUUUAGCUGUACUUACAGCUUAUUUCUCGUACUUCGUACUUCAAAUCUCAGCUUGAUACUCUUUCGAUGCUACAAUUUAAUACGCACAUAUUAGAAGCACGAAUGUAAAUCAAUCAAUACAUAUUUUUACCUUAAUAAUAUCAAUUUUGUAGUGAUGAGUAUCGUGAAAAUGUUACCGUGUUUAAUGUUUUGUGUUUAUAUGUGCCAUAAUCAAAUAAUUGUAGAAAAGUGAUCAAAGUUUUAGUUGCGCACAAAUUUGUAGAUAAGUAAUUCCUAGUUGUCUAAAAAAUAUUUCUUAUAAUAUGAAAAGCAUAAUUAAUUUUAAAAUACAUUACUUUUGUGCUUUUUUAAAGCUAUAAAUAAAUAUUUCGGUGGCAAAUUACGAAUCUUAUUGAUUUGAAAUCAAAUAUUUAUUGAACCUUUUCCUAUAAAUUUGAAGUGAAUUAUUUUGUUUGAUAAAAACUUCGAUACUGAUUUUUGUUUCGUCUGUCUGUCUGGCUGAAUACUUCAUUGCUAAUUUGAAAUUUAUUCAUUAUAUAUCAGCCUAAUAGUAAUUCAUAACUAUUGAUAAUUGUCAUAGUAUUUUAGUAUAGAUGUGCAUAUAUACUAUAAUCAGGGUUAAGGUUUUCUAUUGGCUACAAUCAUGCACUGGUAAUUUACAAAAAUAAAAAAGGUGUCGUCGAAAAUUCUUUAGAUUUUUUCGAAUAUCAGCAAGCACUUAUUUAUAUAUUUUAUUGUUUAGUGUUCUGCGGUUUGAUUGUAGCCUCUAAACUAAAGACCAAUUUAUCAAUCUUCAAUAAAAACUGACCCAGAAAUAUAAAAUUAUUAUUAAUUUCGAUAUCGAUAGCUGACUUUGAGGAACAGCCACACUUUCAAAAAUAUCGACAUUCUUCCUGCUUUUGUCAAAUGCGAAAGUAUCUUCAUUAUCGAUACUUAUAGACAUUCUUUCGCAUCUCGCAAUCGCGGCAGCAUAAUGAGAGAAGAAAGAAAAAACUCUUGACAUGACAGAACAUUAUUACUGUGACAUAAAGUCACCAGUGCAAAAUUGACAUCAGUCAAAUAUGUCUCGUAAAUGUCAAUGUAUUUUUUUUAUAAUUCGCUUAAAUACAAUUUUUUUGGGACAUCUAAAUAUAUUUUUAUUUUUGAUAAAGAUAAUAUUAAUGAAGAUUGAAAGGUUGGUUUUACACAUGACUAUUGAACAAGUGACAAUUUUGGAAAAUCAAUUAAUGUAUUUAGGUACAUAAUAAAUAAAUAUGCAACUUUGACGAUAUACAAUUCGUGGUUCAUAAAUUUUGUGUUAGACGUGUAGUUGUAAUAGCAAUAAUUGUAAUACAUAGCGAAAAGCACAAUUCAUUUAUAUGAUGUCACAAUGUAUUAUUUCUAUAGCUCAUACAUUAUAGUACAUAUAAACAUAUUUUAAGAUAUGGAUUUAGCAAACAUUAAAUGCACUUAAUGGCAAUAGAUAUUUCUAAAUAAUCUAGUGUUGGUCCCUCAAUACUAUAAACUUGUAUGGAAUAAUUCCUUGAUUAGGUUUAAUUACAAUUGGUCUUUAAAUAUUUCGUUGACAUAUUAGAACUCACAUCAGAUCAUGUAUUCUUAUUGUUUUAUUAUAAAUCUCGUCGUCAUGGUCAUGAGAGUGGCUAUGUUACUUAUUGAACUUAUUUAAAUGUAGUACAGGGUGUGUUUAAUAUUCGAUUCGCUAAAUUAUCAUGUGCAAUAUGUAUUACAAUGCCAUAGUUAUAAUUUUAGAUUAUUAACGGAUGAAAUGUAAGAAGAAUGUGACUCUUGUCUAAAAUAACUCGCAUAUAUUCAAAUAUUGUGUUGUUAAUAUACUAAGAAUAAAACUUGACAUUAUGUUUGAUUCAAAAGCUUAAUUGUAUUAACUAUAAAAUGCAUUUUAGUAAUUACGGAAUACUGUCUUGACGAAACUGUAUUUAACGGUUUUUUUUUUAAUGAUCUCCAAGUCUGAAGAAAGACUUAAAAAUAAUUAAGUAUGGUAUACCCGUUAAUAAAGAAAAACGUAGGGAUUUAUAUAUCUCCCGCGUUUUUACCCGAUGUUAUAAGUUAGUAUAAUAAAUUAAAUAGUCACUUUAACUAAGUAGACUAACCACAAUGUCCCCAUCCUCUCUCUAUCUGUUGUAUGUCUAAGAAUAACAUAUUUUUAAUGAUUCACAUUUUGCCUAUUCAUGUAUAAUAUACAAAUUGAGAAAAAAAUACUAGUUCAUAAUUUGUCUCGUUAUUUCAAAAGUCCAUUUUAAGCACUGUUUUGGUUUUGCCUUAUUUUUUUACAUUAUUCGUAGUUGAAUUGGCGUAUAUAAUUGUAUUUGCAGUUUAAUGGACAAGGUAUAUUAUCUUUAUUUAACAAUGUUUCGACUUACAAUUUUGUUUUUAAUUUGUUUAAAUUAACUGUAAUCGUUUUGUUUUAAAAUUCGUGUUUUUUAGGGCACAAGAAUUUGACUAACUGAAAGAGAGCUGGUUUUGCAAAUUUUAGGACGUCCUAUAUAUAUCACGAGUUAAAGAAAUAAAAAAAAAAGAUGGGUAAACAAAAUAGCAAACUAAAACCUGAGGUCUUAGAAGAUCUGAAGCAGAAUACAGAAUUUUCAGACGCAGAAAUACAGGAAUGGUACAAGGGUUUUCUAAAAGAUUGUCCCAGCGGGCAUCUUUCUGUAGAAGAAUUUAAGAAAAUAUACGGGAAUUUCUUUCCAUAUGGGGACGCUAGUAAGUUCGCAGAGCAUGUAUUCCGAACAUUCGACGCGAAUGGCGACGGAACGAUAGAUUUCCGAGAGUUCCUGUGUGCGCUGAGCGUGACGUCACGCGGGAAACUCGAACAGAAGCUGAAGUGGGCAUUCUCUAUGUACGAUCUAGACGGCAACGGAUACAUUUCCAGGCAGGAGAUGCUGGAAAUUGUCACUGCAAUCUACAAAAUGGUUGGUUCCGUUAUGAAGAUGCCGGAGGACGAGUCCACACCAGAGAAGCGGACUGACAAAAUAUUCCGACAGAUGGACAGGAAUAAAGACGGGAAACUCUCCCUGGAAGAGUUCAUAGAGGGCGCUAAAAGUGACCCCUCGAUCGUACGGUUGCUUCAGUGCGACCCCCAAUCGCAGUGAUACCUCAAAUACUAAUAUAAUAUCGUCAUUGCGAUACACUCCAUACCACCAAACACAAACAUACAUAAUAAAUUGUAAUAUAUCACCCUUAUUGCCAUGCUUGUAAGAGCUAGUGCGCGGCGUUUGAAAUUCCCUGACUUUUGUCCUGACGCUUGGCUGUCAAACAGUAACUUAAAAAAUUGAAAUAAGUCGCUCUUCGUUACAUUAUUUUAUAGUUUGUUGGAAAUAGUUAAUGACUAAGCAGUCGUUUAUUAAGUCCGCGAUUUAGCAGCCAGUCUUCAGGAUACAGUCUUAAGUGUUUCUUAAAUUUUGUCUCCUCAAUUGUUAGAUAGGUCUCAGUAUUUAAGUCCGCUGCGGAUUUAAAAUAUCACUCUAACAGGUGAAACUGCUUCUUUUACCCUCUGAUAUAAUAUAUGUGUUUCACCAAUCUUCCUAAGUAUUUCUAUCGAAUUCCCACAUCACAUGGCUGUCAUAUGGGAUUUUUGAAAUCACUUGUUUGUAUAGGUCUGACUAGAUUUAAAUGAAUUCAAGAUAUCUCGUAAUGCAAUCAUCGUAUAUUUGAAACUAUUGUGGUGUCUAACUAUUAUAAUACUUAAUGUAUAUUAUAAGCCUUAUCCGUGAAAGAGUAUACCGUAGUUAAAUUAUAAUAUUGCUAACACUUAAAAUGGCUGCAAUUUAUUGUGAAGUACGCAUCAUGCGCGUUGAUAACCAAGACAAAUACCGAACAUCUCGGCUUAUAUUAGAUAUAAUUUAUUACUAGAUGACGCUACUGUAUAUUGAAAUAUGACUACGCGUAUGCAGUUCUGUAUAUUCACGAUAGAUGGCAGUAAAUUAAGGUUAACUAGACCAUCUUUUCUUUGCUAGCUACCAGUGUUCAAUAGUAAUGUGAAUAGAUAUAGAAAGGUAUGUUUUACAAGUUGUUUGUGUAACCCAAACUAUUAGAUAUAGUAAUAUUCUUUGUAAUGUCGGACAGUUAGCAUCGAAAAGAGGGUACGAUACAUUGCACAAUAUGAAGACAUAACGCAACAAAUGACAGAAAUAUAUUACUGUUUAUUGUAUUUAAACAUUUACGCCGUUCUUUUUAUGUAGCUGAUAUUAUAAGGUUUAGUUUUUAAUUAACAAUGAUAAAAUAAUUGAACUAAUGUUAGGCCCGAAGUCAGCCCAAGUAUUAUUAUUAUUAUUAAUACGUUUUGUUAUUGGUGAUGAUUUUUGAGGCUUUUUCCCUUUAUCUUAAGUGUUUUUUAUUGGCUAAUAGGAAAUCGAUCUUGAUCUGCGGUUUUAUUUCCACCUUUUAGUAUUCAUUUUAUUUAGUAUCGAUAUAAAUUGUCAAAGUAGGUACGUCACAAAUUGGUAACUCUUUUUCAAAUUAUAUUGAUACUGAGGCGAGUUUUAUUUUGUGCAGCUCAAAAAAUUCUGGUAUCCGCAAUAAAAAAAGCAUAUAAAUCACAGUGAAAAACAUACAACAACAAUUAUCACCAUUAUUUAAUAAUAUAUUUGUGAGCCGAUAUACAUACUAAAAAUAUUAGUUUUUAAAUACAUUUUAUAGUAUAAUUAUGACUUUAUUACGCAUGAUGAGUAACGAAUUUCAUACAGUGAAUAAUUAUUAUAAACCGUUCAUUUUACAGGUUUAUAUCUAUAACUAAGGAUAACAUAAUUCAUCCCAUAUUUGAUUUUUUUACAGGAUGUAUAUGAGAAAGUACAAAGUGACACUUGUCUGCAUUAUUUUGACACCGAUUUGAAUUGACUUAUCGUAAAGCGAGCGUAAAUUUCUACAACGAAAAACAUGUUGAUAAUAAUAUCGAUAUAGAAUUGAUUGCAUAUCGAUAUACGUCUAAUCGAUUUAAAACUUGUCUACAAAACGUUUUAGAAGUUUAUGCGGAUUAUAUUAAGAAUGUAUGUGUUUUUGGACCUUUUACUAUGGAUGUACGUUUGGACGCGCACUUAUAAUUACGUAAUACAAAUCACUAGUAUAUAUUAAGUGCUAUUGCCAUUGUCUUUUUUACUAACUAUGUACAUCGUCGCGGAUUGAAACUUUUAUAAUCUCUGUGCUUUUUUUUUAUACUAACCUGAAUAUAUUGACGCACGCUUCAAUUAUGUUAUUCAAUUAUUUAGAUUUAUUUUAGUGGCUUUUUUUUUGGUAUAUUUUAAAUGAAUUCUCAUUUUCAUUUAUUUUUAAUUCUUUUCUAUUAUUAUAUUACGUAAUUAAUUUAUUGUCAUUUUUAUUUCAUUUCUCUAUUAGCUAGCUAGUUGACCUUACGGGUUAUCUAUUCAGAUUGAAUGCACAUAAUAUUAUUUAAUUUCUAGCACAAUUUCCUUAUUACCUUGGAAUGUACGCUUCGUUAUUAAAUUAUAGUUAAAAAUGUUAUAACGGUUGUUGUGGAAUUGAUUGGACAUUGGUAUCUUCCAAUUAUAAUUUAAUGAUCCAUUAAUAUGAAUAUUAUAUAUGUAUAUGUAAUAAAAUAAUAUUUAUGUAGCUUUCCUAGUAAAAAAUACUUUGAGUACUUUAGUAUUCGAGGUUUUUUUCUAUGAGUGCAACUUUGGCGUGGUCGAGACGCAUGUUAGGAAUGUAUUGUAGCACUUUUGAAUGACAUACGUGUAUCAAUACUAUGAAAAAGUAUAUUCUAAACGUUAACUGGUACAAAAUAUCUAGUUUACUAAAAUAAGUUCUAUCUUAAAGAGAUACGGUUGGAUUUCAAAUGUAAUUUAAUAUAACUGGACAUUUU